AUGUCUUCCCCCAUCGCUUGUGUCGGUGAGCCGUCGGGAUCCGCCUCUGCCAUUGUCGCCACCUCAGCGAGAGGAUAUCAUACCCUCAAGAUCGACGGUUACUGCUGCACCAAGGCGACCCCCACGGGUGAGUUCCUCCAAUCCAGUCAAUUCUUUGUCGGCGGCCAUUGCUGGCGCAUCUACUAUUUCCCCAAUGGCAUGGACUCCGAAACAGCAGAUUAUAUUUCCUUUUACCUCAAGCUCGAUGAAAUUGCAACCGAGGGUGUGAAGACGAUGUUCACUAUUAAUUUUGCCAAGGUGGCUGAGAAGCGACUGUCAUGGCCGUGGGCAUCCACAACUGGAUAUGUUUUUGGUGGUAAGCAAAUGUGGGGCUGUCCAAAGUUCGUCAAGAGGGAGGAUUUGGAGAAGUCGGAGCAUCUCAAGGACGAUUCUUUCACAAUCAGGUGUGACAUUGCCGUCGUCCAUGACAUCUGCACCAAACAGACCAGCGCUCCAAAGUUUGUCUUUGUGCCCCCACCCGAGCUGAAUCAGCACCUCGGUGAUCUCCUCAAGACUGAGAAGGGCGCUGACGUUGUGUUUGAGGUAGGUGGUGAGAGGAUUGCUGCACACCGGUGUGUGCUCGCGUCGCGAUCUCCAGUCUUCAGCGCGGAGCUCUUUGGCAUGAUGAAGGAGGGCGACACAGCCAGUGUCAUACACAUAGAUGACUUGGAGGCACAGGUUUUCAAGGAGUUGCUCUACUUCGCCUACACUGAUUCAUUGCGAGAGGCAAAAGAAGAAGAGGAAGAUAUCAUGUGUCAGCAUCUGCUCGUUGCGGCGGACAGGUAUAACAUGGAGAGGCUAAAGCUGAUUUGCGAGGAAAAAUUAUGCAAGUACAUUGAUACAGGCUCUGUUCCGACCAUUCUAGCACUUGCUGAGCAGUACCACUGCCACGGGUUGAAGAAGGCAUGCUUUGAUUUUCUCAGCUGCCCGGCACAUCGGAGGGCAGUCGUGGCCACUGAGGGCUUCCAGAAUUUGUGUAAGAGCUUCCCUUCUCUUGUGAUGGAGCUGAUUGCCAUGCCCUUGCCACCUUAG